UACCGCUUUAUUUUUGUUUUUAAAAAAAUAUAAAGUGAAAAAAUAUAAAAAAAAUGUCUGUGAUGGAGGGUUCGUUAAGUAAAUGGACCAAUGUCGUUAAAGGAUGGCAAUAUCGUUGGUUUGUACUUGAUGAAACAGCAGGAUUACUGUCAUAUUAUACUUCAAAAGAGAAAAUGAUGCGAGGUGUAAGGCGAGGCUGUGUGCGAUUAAAAGGUGCUAUAAUUGGUAUCGACGACGAGGAUGAUAGUACGUUUACAAUCACCGUCGACCAUAAAACAUUUCAUUUUCAAGCACGCGAUGCAGAAGAACGUGAAAGUUGGGUGCGGGCAUUAGAAGACACAAUAUUACGACAUGUAUUUCGUAUGAAAUGGGAGUGUAAUCGAACACAACCGUCAAUUGCCGAUUUCGAUAAUAAAGUUGCUGAAGCGGACGCAUAUUUACAAAUAAUGAUUGAUCAAACUAAGGCAAUUGAAGAACAAAUACCAAAUAUAACGGAUUUAGAAGAACAAGAAAAAUAUAAAAUGUUACAGGAUCAAUCAAAUACUAUGCUCGACAACAUUAAACAUUCCAUUGUAUUACUUCAAAUUGCAAAGAAUACAGCAUAUCCAGUAAAUGGUAUUUAUCAGGGUCCAACACCAAGAUUAAAUUUACCCGUACGUAAUGCAGGAUUUUCACCGAGCUCCAGUCAAAUGGGUGUACAAACCGGUAUUGAACUUGCAACAGAAUGUAUCGGACCACAAAAAAGUAACAUUUUAUCGGGUACUUCAUCGCCUAUAAUAUUGGUUGUGCCAGAAACGUCAUAUUCCAGUUCGGAAGGUGAAGAAGAUUUUUACGAUGCUAACGAUUCACCAUUCACAUCCAGUCAAGUUCAAAGUCCGAUAGGAGUACGAGUUUUCUCAAAUGAAAGUGAAACAACAGCAACAUCCACAGACAAUAGUACUAAUGAAAAAGUGGAAAUACAUAAUUCUGUUAGUGACACACUUUCUGAAAGUAAUAAUUUAAGUAAUGAAAAUUUACGUAAAGUUUCGACAGCGGUUAGUGAACGAACAUCAUUACCAUUGAACGAUGAUGGUUCUAUUAAUUAUGAUGCUUUGUAUGACGAAGACAUUGAGGAAGACUCUUCAUUAAUGGAAGCACAUGGUUCAGUAAUAACACAUUUAAUAUCUCAGAUCAAAAUUGGUAUGGACCUAACGAAAGUUGUAUUACCAACAUUUAUAUUAGAACGACGAUCAUUACUAGAAAUGUAUGCUGACUAUUUUGCACAUCCAGAUUUAUUUGUAAGUAUUGCUGAUCAAAAAGAUCCAAAAAGUCGUAUGGUACAAGUUGUUAAAUGGUAUAUGGCCUCAUAUCACGCUGGUCGUAAAAGUUCUGUUGCCAAGAAACCAUACAAUCCAAUUUUAGGUGAAGUAUUUAAAUGUUGGUGGGAUUUACCGCAUGAUAGUCAAGAAAAUUUAUCAUCUUCAUUAAAUAAUUCGACCAUUACGACAUCGACUAGUGACCAGAAUGUUGAUACGUCACCGUCGUUGGUAACAGAUGGACCUGUCCCGUGGGGUACACGAGAUCAACUUACAUUUGCUGCUGAACAAGUAUCACAUCAUCCGCCAAUAUCAGCGUUUUAUGCCGAACAUUAUAACAAACGUAUAAGUUUUUGUGCGCAUGUAUAUACAAAAUCAAAAUUCUUAGGUUUAUCUGUAUGUGUAUAUAAUAUUGGAAUAGGUAAAAUUACGUUAUUAGAUUAUAAUGAAGAAUAUACGGUCACAUUUCCAAAUGGCUACGGUCGAUCAAUAUUAACGGUACCAUGGAUUGAGUUAGGUGGUCAAGUAAAAAUUGAAUGUCCACAAACAAAUUAUCACGCGGAUGUUGAAUUCUUAACGAAACCAUUCUAUUCAAAUAAAAAACAUCGUAUUACAGCGGACGUAUAUUCAGCAAAUGAUAAAAUACCAUUUUUAAAAGUAUCCGGUGAAUGGAAUGGUGUUAUGGAAGCCAAAUGGAAUGAUGGUCGAACAGAACCAUUUAUUGAUGUAAAUAAAUUAAAAGUUGUAAAGAAAAAGGUGAAACCAAUCAGUCAACAAGAAGAUAAUGAAUCACGACGAUUAUGGAAAGAUGUAACCGCUGGUUUACGGUUUAAUAAUAUUGAACAAGCUACACAAGCUAAAAGUGAUUUAGAACAGAAACAAAGAAAUGAAGCGAAAGAACGUUUACGAACAAAUGACAAAUGGGAAACAAAAUUAUUCCAACCUGAAGGUGAACUUUGGAACUACACAACACCCUUAUCAGAUCGUAUCGAGAAUCAAUUAUAACGCAGAUUAUCAUUAAAUUAAAUUAUUAUU